AUGGAAACCGUACAAUAUAUCAUCUUAGCAUUUGUUCUCAUUCUGAUAUUUGGUCCUGCCAUUCUUGUAGACCGCUCACCCAUUCCAGAAACUUCUGGGAAUGUUUACAAAAUUGGCAAAUCCUCUGAGCUCGACGCUCUCUUAUCAUCCACUGCCCACGUUGUGAUCGACUUUUACGCCGACUGGUGUCCCCCCUGUCGUGCUAUCGCUCCAACUUUCUCUAAGCUAGCCGAUGACUGCGCUGUGACUGGCCAGCUCGCUUUUGCCAAAGUCAACGUUGACCAUGCCAAAGAUGUUGCUAAGCGCUACAAUAUCACAUCCAUGCCCACCUUUCUAUUCUUUGAGAAUGGAGAGCCGAAGCCGGUUGCGAUUACAGUCAAGAAGCGCAGCGCCCCUGAUGGGAUGACUGAGGAAAGGCUGAUCGAGAAGGUUCAAGGCGCGGAUAUACACUUGCUGAAUGGUGUGGUGCAGACAUUGGCUGGAAAGGUACACGGCUAA